AUGGUCGGCGGUUCGGGCGGUUCGAGCGACCAGUGGAAGAUCAGAAGCUUAGAUCCAUCUGACGGUGAAAGCGACAUUCACGAAAGACGUUACGAGGUCUCUCACAGCAACUACGAGAGCCGUAACGAGGUGUGGCGGAAUCACGAGAGCGCGGUCGACGUGGACGGCGGGGAAGCGGCGGACGUGCGGCGAGCGCCGGAAGAGGAGGCGGUGGGGGUGUUUGCGGGGGAGCAGGGGAGGGUCGGAGGCGGAGGAGCGGGGGAAGCAGGCGGGGAUGCUGCGCGGCGGUCAGCGCUGCUGGAGCAAAUCUUGUCCGCCAAUCUGCGCCUCUCCGCCUUUGCACAGGGCUCCGACGCAGCCCCUGAACCUCCCGUACAACCGUCCGUUUCUCCCCCUAGUUACUACCAACCUUCGCCUUCUCCCCCGCCAGCUGCGCCAAACACGUCAUCCCCGCCAUCCACGCCAUCGUCGUCCCCCACCCUGUCAACCGGAGCCAUCAUUGGCAUCGCUGCGGGCGGCAUCGCCCUCCUCUGCGCCACCGUCGGAGCCAUCCUCGUUAUCUUCCUGUGCGCUAUAAGAAGACGACGCAAAGCUGAAAAUGCCCCUCCGGGCAUCAAACCCAUCAACCCUAACUACGACCCUGAGGUAGCAGCAGCCGCUGCAGCCGCAGGAGCCAUGGGCGCCGCAGGGGCAGGAGCAGCAGCAGGUGGAACAGGAUCAGGAGCAGGAUCAGCGGCGGGAUCAGUACCAGGGUCAGGAAACUACAUUCGGCCGAUCAUCGUGGGCGGGUCGUCAGGCACGCCUCUGGUGUGCCACCAGUACCCGUUUGACCUCAUCCGGCAGGUCACGGAGGACUUUUCCGAGACGCGCAGGAUUGGCAGCGGCGGGUACUCGGAUGUGUAUCGAGCUGUUGACCCCAUGGACCCCACGGUGCUGUGGGCGGUGAAGAGGGCGAAAGUGAUCACCAAUGACUUCAAGCGAGAGAUUAACGAGAUGGCAUCGAAGCACCACCCAAACCUGGUGCGGCUGCUGGGGUUCUGUGUGGACAUGGAUGUGGUGAACGAGCGCACCGAGCAGAUCCUCAUCUACGAGUACAUGCUCAACGGCGACCUCGAGACCUGGGUAGGACCAGACGCGCCCAGGUUCUUGACGCUGUCGCAGCGGUUUGCGAUCCUGAUAGGGGCGGCACACGGGCUGGAGUAUCUGCACAGCUUUGGCAUCGUGCACCGGGACAUCAAGCUCGCCAACAUCCUGCUGGACCGCCACAUGCACGCCAAGGUCGCCGACUUUGGCCUCGUGCGCAUGGGCGAGGGCACCUCCGUCGGCACCACCCGCAUCCUCGGCACUCCCGGCUACGUCGACCCCGCCUAUUCCCGUACUCGCAGAGCUACAACAGCUACAGAUGUCUACAG